GACCCGCACCACUUUCCUACCCGAGGGGGAGCUCCCGGAGUGUGCCAGGCUGGCGUAUGGUCCUGGUCGGGAGGAGGUGCCCCCAGAGGAGAUUGCAGACCGGGAGCUAGCGGAAGUAUUGCAGAAAUCAGCGGAUGAAGCAGACCAGCAGAAACCUUGAUGCAUGUGUGUAACCUGCAGCAGGAGGGCCACGCCGCAGAUAUGGAAACUACCUCACUGAAAGUUCCAUCCCUGGUAUCACCAAACAAUGGACUUAGCCCUGCCCAUGCUUCAGGCACAACUGCAACUCCCUCUGCCCAUUCAGUCACCUCUCAGACUGACCGCUCACUCUCUCCCACUGUGACUGAUAGUAUAGAGACAUGUGAGACUGCAUCCAAAGGGGCCAUCUGUAGUCACCAGGGCUGUCUCAGUCAGGCUGCACCGUCUCCUUCUGUUUUGCCACCUCCAUCUAUGGGGCAUAAUUUGCCUGUUCCAAGUCUUGGUCCUUGCAAGACUACAGGGGAUCCAGAGACUUCUCCUUCAAUAGCUUCAGACCAGGCUUCAGAGCUCUUAGAUCUUCAUGCACCGUCUCCAGAGUUCCACUCACAUGUCCAGCAGGAGAUGGAACUUGUUGGCGAGACUGAAGCACUGGCAUCAACACAGGCUCCUUCCUUGGUACCAGAUCACGGUAAAGAUCCUGAGAGGGAAUGUGAUGCUGAAGGGUCUCCACGUUCUUCUCUAGUGGCAUUAGGAGAUGGGCUGAGUGAGGCUAAUGAAGCCACAAUGGAAGUGGAGGCAUCUUCUCAUUGUAGUGAGAUAUCUGAUGAGGCAUCUGGCCAAAGCAUCUACUCACCUCCAAUACAGCUACAUGGAGACCAGACUCCUGGCCAAAGUUCUGCAGAAGAGCAGAGGUUCAAUGGUAGCAUGACACCGGCUGUAGAUCUUCCGCUUUCUGAAAUGCCUGACAGCACCACAAAGGUUAUUUGUCCACUUCCUCCAAGCACCGGAGUACUAGAUGGAGAAGACAGCAGCUUCUCCUUGGCCACUGCACUAAAGGAACUUCAUAAACUUUUGGUCACAAGUGGCCAAGGAUCGUGUAGGCCAUCGCCUGAUGAAAAGUCUACUUCUCCUUUGGACAGGAAUGACCUGGGUGGACUGCCUUGCCCAAGUUCCUCCAACAAACCCAUGUCUAUUCCUAAUUCUGUAUCUUUAUCUGUAAGAGAUGAGAAACUUCUCUCUGAACCGGAGGAAGUGACCCAAGGGCAGGAUCUUAAGUCUCAAGAACACCAGGUCUCAAAAGGGUUAGGUGCCACCUCUGCUGAUGCUGAACUUCCAAGCACCAAAGUGGAGACCAUCACGGACUCUGAACUGGGUGCCACGCUUGUGCCCACUGUAUCUGAAAAGCCUCUUGAGAUUAUGAACAGCUUGCUAGAAGCUGCCACUGGUGAGAAGACUGUCAUGGAAGCUGGCGCUGGUGAGGAGACUAUGGUGGAAGCUGGCACUGGUGAGGAGACCAUUACACAAAACCAGAGUUCUGGUGACCAACCUCUUCCCAUUGAACUUUCUGGUCCACAAUCUGUACCUGCUGCUGGUGCAAGUUCUUUAUUUGCCCCUUCUGACAUAGAAUGGAUUGUGAGCGCUGGCUUCACCAUUCAGGAUGCCAUCCUGGCACUAGAAAAAGCAGACGGGCAUGCAGAAGUCGCUCUCCUUGCUCUGCUAGCCAAGAAGAUCAUCGUCCCCACCUAACAGUCUUCUAUCAUCAGCCUGGAGGCCAGGGAAAUGAGUUGGGUUCCUUGAUCACUACAAGCUGUGUCACUGAGACAACAAGACCGUGCCUUUCUAUAUGGGGAAUAACGGUGCCACCUAGCAGCUCCUGCUGGCAUUGCAGGUUUUGUUCUGAACAUUUAAAUGUUGUGAUGUUUCUCUGGGUAGUUUGUGCCUCUUCAUUGUCCGCUUUCAAUGUCCCACUUUAGCCAAAAGCCAACGAUCUCAUUACAGAUUUGCCACGUCGGAUUCCCCUCACUGUGAUCUUCGUGGGGCCCCGAGAAUUCCCUUCUUGCUGCUUUGGUUUUAGAGGUGAGGUUUUGGCUGUGCUUUUUGUAGUUUGGGUAGAGCCAUGGGCUAAGGAGAUUGGCAUUGGGGGUACCAUACGGAAAAGCUCCUUGUACCCUGACAGUAGGGGGCGACCUUGAGGCUGUUCUUUUAUAGACGGGGUUGGACUUUCUAUGAACAAAAAAAGGGGUGUUUCCGAUUGUGGGAGGCAGAUAAUUUGCAGGGAUUUCUGUUUUGUAUCAGCAGCAGCUCAUUUCCCUUGUGCUUGUUAAAUGGGUGGGGGGUGAAGUCCUAUUGUUUACAAGUCAGAAAGGGGCGUGGUUAGACAUGCUGGGGGAGGGGUUUCAUGCCACAGUCAGAUGGGCCGAUAGAUACAAUGGCAUCUUUCUGCUCUGUGUUGUGUGUCUCCUGGAACAGGAUUUUAACAUAAUGAAUAUUUAGGGGGUACCCGCAGGUGUAGAUGCCAUUAUUGUGCAGUGUAACGGGCCGGGUAUUAGGGGGACAUUAUUCGCUGCAUGUCGGGUUCUUGCCUUUCCCUUCAGAGGUUCCAGUACCAGUAACUCUACAUGUAAUGAUCUGAGCGGGUACAAAAUAACUUCUUUAAUGGCACUGCUCCUAUAUAAUGUGUGGGACUGGGAUCAUAGGCUAAAUAUAUAUCGAUGCCGAGUAUCUAUCCAUGAGACUGGCGCAAAUCACUUGCAAUGUCUGUGUCCUCACUUUGCUACUUUGCUGUUCUGCAAGAAAGAGAAUGACCCGGUCCAUAUGGAUCACAACCCAAGGGGCAUUUCCAGGUAAUUGCCCCCUUGUUGGAAAUGUGGCGGCAGGAAUUCGAUGCUGCUGGGGGCAGGGCUUAAACACGUGACUGACAGGCCCUAAAUGCCACAUUCUCAGGGUGACACUUGAAAUCUUGUACCGUUUUGUCUUUUCUGUCGCUCGAAUCGAAGGAUGGAGCUGCUUUUUGCUUGAGGUUCUGCGGUCAGAGACCAGUGGCAUGAGCCUGUGCCAGGCAGCGGCAGUGAUACCCUUGAGUGAGUAAACUACAACUCCCAGCAUCCCCUGAGAGCCCCCCCCAUCCCUGCUGUGAGCUUUGGGAAUGCCCAGGAAGACUGGCUGUAUUUUGUGCCUUUUCCCCCUUCUCAUAAGUUUCUAAAGUCAGUCGCUGCUCAGAACAUUUACUGGGUGGGGCUCAUUGGCUUAGGGGCGGGGCUUGGAAACUGGAUAUUACUGGAGUUUGUAUUUAAACCAAUAAAGUGUUUUUUCCUGAAAAA